AUGAACAUCGUUUCAGUGCAACGUGCCUUGGAGUCCUGUGUCGAUGAUGAACGUGAAUACCGAUUUGCAGCUUGGAAAAACAAGAUGGCUGACGACAAGGCAGCCCUUGCUUGGCUCCGGAGACAACCCCAAGUUGUUUCCCCUGCUGUAUGUGUCAACAAACGUGACCCGGUAGCCAGCUCUGUGCAAGAAGCCAUCCGCAACAUAGUCAUUUUCAGGUAUAGAAUUUGGCAUCGCACUCCGGUUGACAUGGACGUGGUGUGGCCACAAGUUAUUCAACAGGCGCUCAUUUGCGCAGAGCAGCAGAUGACUGCCGAAACCGGGCAUCAGACGGAUGGACGCCCUUUGACAUGUCACUUUUUUCUGAUGCCACCCUGGAUUGCUGCGGCCUUUGCCAUAUACUUUUAUGCCGGCAUCAAAGGGCGUGGCACUGACGAUGCCAUAGCUCCGUUGCUUCACAUGGCGCGCAAAGGUUGGCUUGUCGGAACGCUUGAUUUGCGUAAGGCUUUUGACACAGCAUCACCGCAGCUAGCGGGCCAGAUUUUCCACCGAAUUGGUAUGCCUCAAAAUGUUCUGGCCCCCACUCUCGAUGUCUGGUCAGAUCAGCAGAAAUGGCAUGAAGGUGUUUCUCAUAGGUUGCCACAGAGUGACAGUUGGUCAAUGCUUGGUAUCAGUGCUUUGCUUAUACCUGCGGCCAUCGCCGUACAGCAAGAAUUUGUUUCUGUCACCCAGGUCCUGUAUGCCGACGAUAGAAACUUUGCUGUUGACAAUGCCCACGAUGCCGUGCGCAUCACCGAACGGUGGCAGCAAUGGGCCUCUCUACUAGGCCUGCAAGAAAAUGCAGACAAAGCACAAUUCUGGCAUCAAGCAGCUGCGGGCAGACGCAAGCUUCUUGAAGCCGGCUGCCUUGAGACCCAAGUCAGUGGGGAGAAAUCGCGGGCGGCCAGAAUGACCGUCUGCCCAAAAGAUGGACGGCAGCACUCAGACAAGGAAUGUUGGACUUAG